AUGAAUUGUAAUAAAAGGAGACAAAAAAUAAAAUUAAAUGAAAAUAUUAUUUAUUCUUCUAAUCCAAUAAUAAAUGAAGAUGAUAUAGCCGAUUUUGUUUCUACUUUAAAUGUUGAUAAGCAAAGAAGAUAUAAAAAUGAUGAUACACAAAAUUUAAAUUUAGUAAAAGAAAUACAGCUAAGUAGUUUAAAUAUUAAUGACUGGGGAAUAUCUAUACUUAUUCCUUGUAUAUUAAGAAGUAGAAAUUUAGUUACAUUAAACUUAUCUAAUAAUAAUUUAACAAAUGAUAGUGCCAGUAUUUUAUCAAAAUGCUUAAAAUAUCUCCCUUUCCUAAAAUCAUUAAAUUUAUCUAAUAAUAUAAUAAGGGAUGAAGGGGCUAUACAGAUCAUUGAAGAAUUUUUUUCACGGAUUUUAAGUAAUAAAGAAAGUUUAUUUUUAAAUGAAAAAAAAAAUAAAAUGGUAGAUGAUGCUUUUUCUGAUAAUUUUAUGUUGUAUGAUAACCAAAAGGAUAAAAUAGAAUAUAUAGAUAAUGACAUAUACGAAAUAGAUUUUUCAGAUAAUUUUUUAGGUACUAAAUUUAUGUUAAAAUUAGGUGCAGUUAUUGAAAAUAAUAGUAAAAAAUGUAAACUAAUUCUAAAAAAUAUAGGAAUUAAUGAUAUUGGUAUUUCUAAUUUAUUUAAAAAAAGUAAAAAUAUUGAAAUAUUAGAUAUAUCAGAAAAUAGUGUUACUACAGAAUUAUUUCCUCAAUAUAUUGAAACUUUAUUUGAUACUCAAUUAAAUUUAAAAGAAUUAUAUUUAUCGGAUAUAUGUUGUAGUCGUGACAAUUUAAAUAAAGUAGAAAAUGGAAAUGAUAUAUUUUUGGAAUUAAUUAAGCAUUUACAUAAAGCAAAAAAUUUAUCUAUAUUAUCUUUUUCAAAUAAUAAAAUAAAUGAUGAAAGUUUUAAAUAUUUUUGCCUUUUUCUUAAAAACAACGAAAAUAAUAUUAAAGAAAUAGAUUUAUCUAAUAAUUGCAUAUCUAAUCUUGAUUAUUUAAAUGAAUGUUUAAAAAAUAAUAAAACAUUAAAAGUAAUAAACUUGUCUAAUAAUUCCUUAACUGAUGUUAAUAUAAAAUUAUUUUGUUGUGAUACUCUUUCAAAUAAUUUAAAUAUUUGCGAAUUAUCUUUAGCAUGUAACAGUUUAUCAAAUGAAUCAUGUAAUUACAUUUCUUAUGCUCUAAUAUCUCAAUCUAAAUUAAUUAAAAAGUCCAUCAGUACAAAAAAUUUCAACAGAAAAAAAUACUCUUCUUCAUAUGACCAUGAAGACUCCUAUUUUAAAAACACAGGAAAUUAUGAAGCCAACUCAAGUGAUUUAGAAGAUCUAUGUUCAUUUAGAAAAAAGUCGGAAAGUUCCUGUGAGUUGGAUUCAAGAAAAGUUCAUACUAAGAAAUAUAUAAAUAAAAUAAAGGAGCUAAAAAAUUUAAUAAUAAAUAGGCAUAAAGAAGAAAAUAAUUUUUUUUCAUGUACAGGAAUAUUUAGCUUUAAUAGAGCAACCGAUAUAUCAAAAAAUUUAUAUUUACAAGAAAGAAGAAGAAAUUUAAUAUAUAAUAAAAAUGAUCAUUUUUAUAAUACUAAUAAUUUUUUCUCUUUUAAUUGUUUCAAAGGAUUAAAAUUUCUUAAUUUGUCUGGUUGUCUUAUAGAUAAUAAUGGUAUAUCCUUUCUAAUAAAAUCCCUACAAACUCCUUUUUGCCCACUAGAAUUUUUAGAUAUUUCUUGUUGUGAGAACUUAAAUGAUAAUAUUUAUCAGUCAUUUACAAACUUAAUGUCUAGCAAAAAAUCCAAAUUUUUAAAAAACAAAAGUUACAUUUUUAAAAAUUUACCGUUAACAGUUCGUGGAAUACCACCAACUCUAAUACCUCUAAAUGACUCUGAAGAUAAAACUGACAAAGAUAGUAUAGAAAAGAUAGUUCAUAGGAAACAUCAAAAAGAAAAAUAA